AUGGCCGGGAUGGAAUCAAAACUGUUGGAGGAGCAAAAGCUUCGGGAUGAUAGAAGGAAACGAUUGGUGGAGACGAGGGAUAGUUUGAUUCGUCAAGAAUCUCGGAAGCGAGACCUCAUCAAUGAACUCGAGAGGCUGCAAGCUUUUCGACGGGAGGGCAAUGGAGAGAAUCAUCAUCAACAGGUCAAAGAAAGAUGGGAUAGGGCAGAGCAGGAAAUGGAAAAUCGUCGCUCGCGUCCAAGCUUCUCGAAGAGAAGUCGUAGCCAAACGCCAGCUCCAGUCGAGACGGUCAGCAAUAACCGAAACAGCAUUGGAGGCGCUGUGCGUGGGAUGACCUCAAACCUGAUGGAAUGUUUCCAGCAAAUGCGCGUCCGCCAGGAAGAGCCAAGGGCCGUCGUCAGGGUAAUUACAAAAAUUGGGCCUUAUUUAAGCCUUUUCCGCGCAACUCCAAAGAACGUGGCCGGAGUGUGGGCCCGCGCAAACGCCCGGCGCACUAGCGAGAGAAUAUGCAACUGU